UCGUCUGUUUCUUAUCACUUUAUGACUAUGAACUUUCUAGGUAAUUACGCUAAUCCCGUGACUCAAUCGGAAACUCUUUAUUCUUCUUUCUAUCAGAGUACGUAUCCUCUAGCGGGCCAUUCUUGCCUUACUCUUUGGCCUAUAACGGCCCGCGAUCCGUAUUGCCCUUCGUUAAGAGUCGGGGGAGUGACGUCCGGAUGGGAAACUGCGACCGUUCGAUGGAUAGGAGAAGAAAACGGGCAAAGAAACACUCGUCGUAGAGUUUCUGCUAACAAGAAGGAAAGACGAAGAACACAAUCCAUAAAUCACGCCUUUGCAGAGCUCAGGGAAUGUAUCCCAAAUGUUCCUUCCGACACGAAAUUAUCCAAAAUUAAAACUUUACAGCUUGCCACUACCUACAUCGCUCAUCUAAUGGAGUUGUUGAAUAGAGAUUUACCAGAAAGUGAUGAGAGGGAUCAUUCGCAGGAGAAACACGCAGAAGAAAACUUGAAAAAGAAUUCUAAGAUAAGAACAGGAUGGCCUCAUCACAUUUGGGCUUUUGAACUGAAACAGAUAUGAUACAAAUAAUUGAUUUAUAUAAAAAUUUCUUCA